CUUGUCAGUCCAACACUAUAGAAGACGGCGGACUCGAAGCACUCUCAAGCCAGCUGCUGCCAUGGAUGAGGACAGGGCCAAGUUGUACGCCGGGAAGAACCAAAGCUGGAAGAAGCUCUUUUGGGAUGGGGACACCAAGGAAUUGCUGGGAAGAACUGGCUCUUCGUGGUGCAAAAUUGGAGUAUUCUAUGUGAUCUUUUACGCAUGCCUGGCUGGCUUCUUUGCUGUUAUGCUGACUGUCUUCUACCAAACCCUUGAUACUAACCAUAUGCCAAAGUACACUCCAGGUGAUGGUAGCUCUCUUCUCAGGAACCCUGCUAUGGGCUUUAGACCUUUACCAAGAGCAGAAAACAUUGAGUCAACUCUAAUUUGGUACAAGAAUGGAGAUAAUGAUGAUAUCAAGCAUUGGGUUGAAGCCCUCAACAGUUUCAUUAAACCAUACGAAGGUGCUGAUGGUAGCUUGUCUGGACAGCAUCUGAUCGACUGCGAUGAAAACAAGCUCCCAGGAGAAGAUGAAGUCUGCCGUUUCCAGGACGUCUGGCUUACUGAUAAGUGCACAAAGGCUGAACACUGGGGCUAUAAUAGAGAAUCUCCCUGCAUUAUUCUCAAAUUGAACAGGAUGAUCAAUUGGGUCCCAGAAGUUUACGAAACCGUAGAAGAACUGCCAGAAGAGAUGCCAGAGAGCUUGAAGCAACACAUCCAGAAUCGUAUCGAUGAUAACAAUGGUGUUAUGCCCAAGAUGAUUUGGGUGUCAUGCAAGGGAGAAAAUCCAGCUGAUGAAGAAUAUAUUGGACCCCUCACAUACUCUCCAUGGCAAGGCUUCCCUGCCUAUUACUUCCCCUUCAGAAACACUCCAGGAUAUCUUCCUCCCCUUGUGGCUGUUCAGUUUAACCAACCACAAUCCAACGUUCUCAUCAAUGUUGAAUGCCGUGCGUGGGCAAAGAACAUCAACCACGACCGUCAGAACCGCCUCGGUCUUGUUCACUUUGAGCUUCUCAAGGAUUAAAAAUAAGAUGCUCAAAACAAAAUACUUUCAAAAUAUUGUAUUUAAUGUAAUGGUCUAAAGACUGCAUUUGAAACUUAGUGUUUGAAAGAAAUUAGUGUAAUACAAAAGAUUAGUCUAACUUGCAAUGUAGAUGGAUGGCUGUUAAAUUCCUGUUUUAAGAAAAAAAUUUGGAUGCAAAUGUAACUAACCUGGCUGCUGUUCUUUGAAGAUUUUAAGCAAGUCCUCAAAAGGUUUGGAUAUAUUUAUAUUUAUGUUCGUUGUUAUGAUGUCACCACUGAGGACAAGCUUUUUCCCUCAAAUGUUUAUCAAAAAAGUUGAAUAUUCAAGUGCACUGACUCGUGUAAAAUGUCACUUUUGUGUACAUGUGUGCUAAUAGUGUAAAUGUUGAGCUAUCCUUGCGAGUGUGCAGUUCGUAGAGGAAUAUUAGUCCUGUUGAUUUCUGUUUUAAUGUAAAUAGCCUUGUAUGCAGAAUAUAUAUUUCAGUGUAUUGGUAAAGUAAUCCUUUAUUGGCACACUGACAAUCAGAGAUUUUGUUGGUAUUUUUUUUUAUCAAGUAAUUUUUAUCAAACAAACCAUGAAUCAUGGAAGUAUUUGGUAAUGAAUUUGUGAUUGUCAGUAUGCCAAGGCAGAAUCACUAAUUAGAAAUGGGGUCCAUCAUGGAGGAAAGAUUAAUUUUCUGGAGGUCUAUUGUUGAGCAAUAAAAAUAACUAAUUAAAAUAUAUAAAUA